AUGUACUGGGGACUGUUCGUUCCCUUUGAUUAUAUCGUCGUCGAAGCCACCCACUACGGCAUGUCGUCGCACAUGGCGUGGUCAUUAGUUCCGAUUCUCAAUGGCGCCAGUUUCUUCGGUCGUACCGUGCCCAACUAUAUCGCGGACAAGGUCGGUCGCUUCAACGUGAUGCUCGUCAUGACCUCGUUAUCGGCUAUCCUGGUAUUGGCAUUGUGGCUUCUAGCCCGAGGCAAUGGCGCGCUCAUCACCUUUGCGGCCUUGUUUGGCAUCACCUCGGGUGCGAUCAUCGGCCUGGGACCCGUCCUGAUUGCCUCCAUCUCACCAAUGAACGAGUUGGGUUAUCGGAUGGGUACUGUCUUAGCCUUUGCUGCGGUGGGAACCUUGACCAGUCCGCCUAUUGGGGGCGCGAUUGCCGCCCACACUGGGGGCAGCUACACCUAUACGUGUGUCUUUUCAGGCGUGAGCUUUGUUAUGGGUACCAUCGGCCUUGCUGCUCUACGCGUGCGUCUUUCUGGAUGGGGGCUUACUACAAAAAUUUAA